AUGCGGACCCAAAGUUUCGUGAUGACGGCUCUUGCCAAUGGUACACUCGCCGCCAUUCCCACUGUUAGCGUCCCUCUGCAUUACUACUAUGGCGGCGGCUACAAGAUUGCCACCAGCCUCGUGAACCCAGCCAGCAACAUCUCGGUCGAGGUCGUCUUCGACCAGGGAUCUGAGAACUACUGGGUUUUCGGCCCCAACGCUAUCAACAACUGGGGCUGCACAAGCUUAUUCUGCCAGGGUCAGUGCAAUGUUACCGUCGAGCCAUUCUACGACUACCCGCACAGUCCGUCGGCCACGAAGCCGGAGCUGUUCCCGGCGCUAUAUGCCUACGGCGGGUUCACCAAGAUCGUCGAGGCAUCGGAGAGCGUCAACGACACUUUUCUCUUUGCUUCCGACUCUGGCGUCACAUCGAUGGUCGACGCCCGCGUUGCUAUCGCGACCUACAUGCAGCAGCGCCUUGGCUACAACGGCCAAUGCAUCCCGGCCGCGUAUGACCUCGGCAUCUUGGGCGUUUCACCUUUCUACCGCUCUGCAGAAUGGAACACCACGGGCCCUCACGUCCGUCAGGAUCUCCUCGAGAAGGGUCUCAUUAGUGCUCCGGUCCAGAGCCUCUGGUUCGACGAGCCGCCUGCCGAGUGGAAUGGUACCUUCACAGGCAAUGCCAUCUUCGGCGCCAUUGAUCUGUCCAAGUUCACUGGUGAGCUCGUCAAGGUGCCUCUUGUCAAGAACGACGGUGGUGCUACCGUCGGAUACUUUGUCGCCCCUCCCGUGGUCAAAGUCAAGAACACAACCUUUGACAACUCGGUGGACAGAAGCUCCUGCCAGCUUGACUCCGGCACGCAGAUCAACGACUUACCCAUCACUGACUCGGCUCUUAACUCAUUUAUGGCCACCACUGGUUUGACUCGAGACUCUAUUGGCCACGUUUCCUGGAACGGCAGCUGCGACUCCGUCCCCAAGGACUUGACCAUUGACCUAGAGUUUGCCGGUGUUGACAACAAGACGAUCACUAUCAAGACCCCCAUCCGUAAUUAUAUCCGCAACAAUGCGGACGCGGAACCUGCGUACUGCGCGCUUAACAUCGACGUGGGUGGCUGUAUGCUCGGUGCACCAUUCGCUACCUCUGCCUUUUUCGCUGCCGACGAUGCCGCGAACGAGAUUGCCUUGGCCCAAGGCGGUAUUUCGAAGAAGGGAGACGAGGUUGAUGAGGCUUCCCUCUCUCUCACCAUCCCCCAAUGA